ACACAUAUUACCGCGUGGCAGUCCUAAAAGGAAAUAUGGGGGGGCUGCUUCUCUUCAAACAGUAUUUGAAAUUUCUGUGUUUCAUCGCUUUCGUCAGUCAGUCAGUGAGUUUUAUUUUAUUUUAUUUUGUUUUAUCGGGAAACAAAAAGCGCCGAGAAAAUUGCAGUAGGAUUGAGGGUAGAGAGUAGAGAGAUGAAAGGAAGGAAUUCAAAAGGGAAUUAUACGAACCCAUGUUUGACUAUGCACCAGCCGUGGGCUUCUCUGCUGGUAUAUGGGAUCAAACGCAUUGAGGGCAGGUCAUGGCCUGCUCCUGUCAGAGGCCGUCUAUGGAUUCAUGCUGCCAGCAAGGUUCCUGAUGAGUCCACAAUCAAAGCAAUGGAGGACUUCUACAGGGAAGUUUAUGCACUGGAUGGAAUUAGUGAUCUUAAGUUCCCUGAACAUUAUCCUGUUUCCAGACUUUUAGGGUGUGUUGACGUGGUUGGAUGUGUAAGGGGUGAAGAGCUAGCAAGCUGGGAGAUGGUACCUCCUGGGGUGAGGCUGGAGGCACAAACUGACUUUUGUUGGCUAUGUGAGCAGCCACAGAAAUUGUUAAUUCCAUUUGAGAUGCGGGGAUACCAGGGUGUUUAUAACUUGGAGAAGAAGAUAUAUGAUGCUGCAGUUAGAGGUCUUACUCCAGUCAAAGGUCCAUUGCCAGUAAAGUUUCCAAUUCCAGAUCCAAGAGACCAGUUUUCCUUGAAGCCUGGGUCUAUCUCUGUGCAUUUCCCUGAAUCAAAAUCGUCUGAAGUGGAGAGAUCUUCUAAUCUUAAUGCUGCUAUAGCAGGGGCACAGGCAGCAGCUACACAAUUUUCCAAAAAGGACCAAAAUUUCCAAACUGUUGAAACUGCUACACCCAUUUCUACAAGGACAAGGUCGAAGAGCAAAUUAUUGGAGGAGAGUGAAACAUCAUGCAGUAACUUCAAUGAAGGGUCUGAUAAGAGGAACUUGACAUCAAAUAACAAAGGGCAAAUAAGUGGCAUUAGCUACAGUGAAAGUGGUAACAGUGCUAAACCGAUUUGACAUGUCAUUCUGGUGCAUCAUCUAAGUUGUGGAGGCAGGACUAUCAGAGGUUCUUCUCUGUCUUCCUCAGAUCCAAUUUCCUCUUUGUCUUCCUCAGAUCCAAUUCCGUUCUAUGUUUUCUUUUCUGAAUUGGAAGUACUAUUAGUACCCAACAGGGUCACUGUCGAGCAUGCAAUAAUACAUCACCGACCCCAUAUGAAAUAUCACCACCAAAUGCAAUGAACAUAUCGCCCUCAUCAUAGUUCACCACUACAUAAAUUAAAUGUAUCCAAGCAUAUAUGUUAUUGUCUGCUCUAUGUACCAUAUCAAUAUGUUGGUAUGUACGGAUCUAUCCGUAUGUAUUUUAAAAUGCAUAACC